UUGUGUUUGUGUAUGUGACAAUGUCUUUGUGCGCUUAUCCGCAAGUACGCAUUUACGAAGAUUUCGAUAAAAUGAGCGCCAAAGAGGUCUACUACAACGAAGCCGGCAACAAGGUCACCGUGAAGCUGCUGCACUUCCCCGAUGUACCGCCUGAGGAAGUGGAUAAUAUGAAAUUCGAUGACGACGCCGAUUACGCCGAAGAAGCCGUCGAGGCAGUUGAGGUAAUGGCACACACCAAUUGCAAGCAGUGUUGCAUACACAAGGUCGUCGCUGGCGUUAGCUCGUCUUUGGUGAAUGGCAUGCCACGCGUGAAAAGCUCCAAAGCUGCUGCAGAAGAUGACGAUCCCGAGGAGGAGGAAGAUAACGAUCCCGAAGAGGAUGAGGUUGAUGAGACAGGCAGACUAUACGACGAGACCGCUGAACGUGAGGCCGAUGAGCUAUCACGUCCUCACUCACCGGCACUACCCAUGCCCACACAUUCGCAUCCACAUCCCGUGCAUCAGCAUAGUCACUCGGUGCCAACUAAGAAAAUCUUUCGCAAGAAAUCCACCGGCAAUCAGACGCAUGCCCGCAAAUGCAGUCUCGCCUUUGCACAGGCACACGGGCUGCCGGUCAGUGUGCCGCCCACUAUUAUGGUGCCGCCGCGCGCUCCAGCGUCAAAUGAACUCAGGGGAUGUGCGCUGCGCCGGCACCUGCAACUGCAGCGUCGUUCGCCAUCACCACAGCAAAAUCUUUGUCCCGGCUAUAUGCAAUACUCCAAGUCAUUCCUGGAAGUGCCGCUGCCACGUGACUAUGGCUAUGCGUCCAGCGACGAUUUGAGCUCCGAAUGGGAUUCCGAUGUGCCAACGAUGUCAGCGAGCCGCGGACAGACGCAAACGAAAAAGCCUUCUGGUUGGCGCAAGCUACGCAACAUUGUGCAAUGGACGCCAUUUUUUCAAACCUACAAGAAACAGCGCUAUCCCUGGGUCCAACUGGCCGGUCAUCAAGGCAAUUUCAAGGCCGGUCCCGAACAGGGCACCGUCCUAAAGAAACUCUGUCCAAAGGAGGAGGACUGCUUUCGUGUGCUCAUGAAGGACGUCUUGCGCCCCUAUGUACCGCAAUAUAAGGGGCAAGUGACCAGCGAGGAUGGUGAAUUAUACUUGCAACUGCAGGACUUGCUGAGCGAUUUCAAUCAGCCCUGUGUUAUGGACUGCAAGGUCGGUGUGCGCACUUAUCUCGAGGAAGAGCUUUCCAAAGCCAAGGAGAAGCCGAAGCUGCGCAAGGAUAUGUAUGAGAAAAUGAUACAGAUUGAUCCGGAUGCACCCAGUGAGGAGGAGCACAAGGCGAAGGGUGUGACUAAGCCACGUUAUAUGGUCUGGCGCGAGACGAUCUCCAGCACAGCGACACUGGGCUUUCGCAUUGAGGGCAUUAAAAAAAGCGAUGGCACUAGCUCCAAGGAUUUCAAGACCACGAAGUCCCGCCAGCAAAUCAAACAAGCCUUUCGCGAGUUCGUCAAUGGUUUUCAACAUGCUAUGCCCCGUUACAUACAUCGUCUGCAGGCGAUUCGCGCCACACUCGAAUGCUCCGACUUCUUUCAGACACACGAAGUUAUAGGCAGUUCGCUACUGUUCGUGCACGACCACUAUCACGCGAGCGUGUGGCUAAUUGAUUUUGCCAAGACCGUCGGCUUGCCCGAAAACCAAAAAAUCGACCACAGAAGCACCUGGACGGUGGGCAAUCAUGAGGACGGCUAUUUGAUUGGCAUCAAUAAUUUAAUCGACAUUUUCACCGAACUCGAUGCAGAAAUGGCCGUUGAAACUUCGCUAACGCCAUCUUCGGCCUCUUCGUCGGCCUCGUUGUCGCCGAAACGCAAUUUGAGCGAAUCGGCACUCGACGACACAGCGUCCGGCAGCAUGAUGAGGGAAGGAGAAGUGGUCUUGGAGACGAUUAAGCCAGCAAAGGUAGCUACAGUCGCAGACACUCAGUCAACGCACAGUCCUAUCGAAACCGGCUCAACAGCGGAUCAGCCGUCUUCCAGCCUAUGCGCCUCUGCAAAAACAACGGAGGAGAAAGAGUCAGUGGACGGCUCCGAGGAGGCACGUUAAGCCAGCGUUCUUGAUGCUGUACGGCUUUUGCACGCAUUGCAGAUUUUGAUGAAAAGUCGAAGGCCGCUCGAUGGCUUCACUUUAACCAUUCACUAGGACUCUUAGAAGCCCCGUGAAUAUGAUGGAUAAUAAAAUAAUAGUUUUUAGCUGGAAAUUGAAUUACUCGUAAGCACGCAAGACUGAACACAUAGUAAUUUAUUGAGUUACAUACAUACAUGCAUGUAUUUUAUAUGAGCCUACAUACAUACAUACAAACAUAUGUACCACUAAGUAAAUAAGCAGAAAUUACAAGAAACCUAAUUUUAAGAAAAAGCUACUUGUAGCGGAAACGAGAGAGCGGAACAAGGAUGGGCGCUAGACAACAGAACAACCGACAGUGCUCAACACGAGGGCGCAGCAUUCGUGCGCGGCACGAUCUGAUGGAAGCCUUGCUGAUUUCGCGACUUCGACAGUAGAUAAUUAGAGCUAUUGCACUAUUUAAGUUUAACGGUAUAUGCAACAAACACUUCAAGCGGCUUGAAGUGGCAAAAUGCGUUGCGGUAGUUAUGUAACUGUAUUAUCAUAUCCUGUAACCAACAAAUUAAGGCGGCGCACAGCGUUCGAUCACUCAAAACGAUUAUUAUUUGUAUUUGUAUUUUAUCAUUUUCAAAUGUCACACACAUCAUUAGCCUUAUCAAUACACACACACACACAUACACAUAAGUACAUAUGUACGCACACAAUCACUGUUGUUGUGUUUAAGAAAUAACUGUAAAACUUUUUGACGAGGCAAUACUUUCAAUAAAAUGUUUGCAAAACAA